AUGACCCGAAGCUUGCAGGCCCUGGUGGUGGAGCCAGGGUCUUUUGAAGUGGCCCCUCUUAUUGCCGGGGGCAGACAGUGGAAGCGUUUGCACAGCUUCCUUUUUGAUGAGAACAGGCACGAAGGCGCGCUUCUUGCCUCCGCGGGUACCCGAAACAGUGCAGAACUUGUGCUUGGCUGCCCGCACGCCCUGAGAGCAAGAGAACGGGGUGGUAUGAGGGCAUCAUUUGAGUUUGUGGAUGGCUUGGGUGUGGGUGCUGACGACGCCCCCAUGUCCAGUGAUCCACCAGACUCCUUGGCACGCACGGCCACUUUGGCAGCCAGAUGGAUCACCCGCCUGGGCGGACAGUCCAAAGACUUGUCUCGUUGGACCGUUGACGCUGAUGGAGCCCAAGCAGAUGCCCAGGAUGGCACAUCGCUCCUCCAACUAGACGCAAUGAGAAAGCACCCCUACAGGUUACCGCAGCCGCAUUCGGCACUCACUUCCACGAAUUUUGGGUCUGAAGGUGAUGGCUACAAUCCGGACAAGCUCGCGCAUAAGCAUAGUUCCAAGAUGGCCAGCAAGCAUGGCACGGAGGAUGACGAUUCUGUCUACGAGCCUCCGGGACAUGAAGGCAAGGGUGGACCCAGAGAGGAACACGACGCCUAUGACCCAGCUGAACAUGCUGGAAGCGAAGCUGAACAUCAUGCGUCACACGGUGUGGAAGACGAUCACCAUGACCCUGCAGCAGUUGGAAAUGAUGGUAUGCACCACGGCUCCGAAGCACAUCCUGGAAAAGAGGCUGAGGGUGAUCACUACGACCCUGCGGCACUGGAACAUCAUGACGCUGAAGCACAUACAGGCAAAGAGGGAGAUGGCGAGCACUAUGACCCCUCAGCGCUUGGAAACGAGGGUGAGCCCCAUGACUCUGAAGCACAUCCAGGGAAGGAAGGCGAGGCUGAGCACUAUGACCCCUCAGCACUUGGGAAGGAGGGUGAGCACGAGGGUCAUCAUGAGGGUAAAGAGGCCGAGCACGAAGGCAAGGAAGCUGAGAAGAGCGAGAUGGAGAAGAAGGACGACGCAUUGAAAGAUGUUGUGGUGGACCCAGAAACAGGGCACAUCCUCGACGGCAAGUCUGGGCAGGAGAUCGACGCAGAGACAGGCGAGAUUCUGGAUGACGGCAGUUACAUUGACGAUGGCACAGGCUUGAAGGUGGAUCCCUACAAAGGCAAAAUCUACGAUCCAGUGACUGGCAAAGGCAAUGACUGA